GACUCAUCAUGCUGCCACCCGCCGCCCGCGCACUCGUCCGCACCGCGGCCGAGUUCCUCAACGGCAUCCUCGCCUCGUCCGUCCCCGCACACCCGCAGAGCCACUUCUACUCUGCCUUCCUGCACGCGCAGGGCAGGGUCCUCUAUGACACAUUCGUGUACUCACAGCCGACUGCGAGCGGGAAGCAAGGCUAUCUCAUCGAGUACGACGCCCGCCCGUCCGAGGCGCCCCCGCUACUGCCGACGUUGAAGAAGUACGUGCUUCGGUCGAAAGUGAAGAUACGCAACGUUUCAGAGGAGUAUGAUGGCGAAAAGGCUUGGGAAACGCAAAGGAGGUGGCUGCACGCGAGCAGUGGUGCGAUAGAGCCCGUAUAUUUACUGCAUCGCAUAACACAUGGUGUGCCAGAGGGGAGCACAGACAUUGUACCAAUGCAAGCGUUCCCCAUGGAGUCGAACCUGGAUGUCAUGGGCGCACUUGACUUCAGGAAGGGAUGCUUCGUCGGACAAGAAUUGACCGUUCGAACAUAUCACACUGGGAUAAUUCGGAAGCGGAUCCUCCCUGUACUCAUUGAACCCUCUUCCGGCUCGGCCUCUCCAUCAGAAGAGGCCCCUUCAUUCCCAUCAGACCUUGACAUUCGUGCCCAAAGAGCAGAAGUGGAUGACGGCACACCCAAGCCUCGACCACGCGGCACGGGCAAGCUGCUCAGCUCGACGAAGGGCGUGGGCCUUGCGUUGCUGCGUCUCGAACACGUUGCCGCUGCAGAGAACGGGACUGCUGUCUUCGAGAUGGAGGUUGGCGAGGAGCACAAAACGAAGUGGAAGGUUACGCCGUGGUGGCCGGAUUGGUGGCCUCGUAUGCCGGAGAAUCAGCAGGUAUAAUGGAUGCAAGCUCAUUGGCUGUAUUGUACCCAUAUCAUCUAACACACCAUUACAUGCUUCGCUUUUACUCCGAGCCAAAUGCAUAGUAAGUUUGCAGCUAUUAGCACCAAAUUAGCACGUACAUAUUUCAGGAUCUGCUCGCGGUCA